GGGCAAAUGUCAACAUAAAAACAAACAACCAAGAUGAGGAGACUCCUCUACACACUGUUUCACGUUUGGGUAUCCCUGAGCUUGUGGCCUUUUAUGUGGAACAAGGAGCACAGGUUGAUGCUCUCAAUGCCUACAUGGAGACUCCCCUGGCCUGUGCAGCCUACUGGGCCCUGCACUAUAAGGAUCAGAUAUACAGCCCAGAUCACCACCUCAUCUGUCGGAUGCUCUUAGACUAUAAAGCUGAAGUGAAUGCUCGUGAUGAAGAUUUCAAAUCACCACUCCACAAAGCUGCCUGGAACUGUGACCACGUCCUGCUGCAUAUGCUGCUGGAGGCAGGAGCAGAAGCAAACAUCAUGGAUGUUAAUGGCUGUGCACCACUGCAGUAUAUCAUAAAAGUGACAUCUGUGCGGCCAGCUGCCCAGCCUGACAUCUGCUACCAGCUGCUACUGAAUCAUGGAGCAGCUAGGAUAUAUCCGCUGCAGUUCCACAAGGUGCUACAAGCCUGUCAUUCCCACCCCAGAGCUGUGGAGAUUGUUGUCAAUAGCUACGAACACAUCAAGUCAACAUCAAAGUGGAAAGCAGCCAUACCUGACGACGUCUUUGAGAGGCACCAGGAUUUCUAUGACUCUUUGUUCACUGUGUGCAGCAAUUCACCACGGUCACUCAUGCAUUUGUGCAGAUGUGCUAUUCGGGCGAUAUUGUCAGAAAGGUGCCACCGAGGAAUCCCUUUGCUCUCCAUUCCCCCGUCCAUGAAGAAGUACUUGCUGCUGGAACCAGAAGGAAUCAUCUACUGA